GCCGGAAGUGACGCCACCAGGAAGGGACGCCACCGGAAGGGGCGUUUGGGGCCGAGCCAUGGCUAGGGAGGCGGCGGAGCUGCCUCCGAAGGAGACCCUGUCGCUCUGGAUAAGGGAGCAAGCCCAGCUGAAGGCCCUCGUGGUGGACCGGGACACGGAGGCGUGGCAGCGGGACCCCGGCUUCUCGGGGCUGCGGAGGGUCGGGGGCGUGGACGUGUCCUUUGUGAAGGGAGACAGUGUCAGCGCCUGUGCCUCGCUGGUGGUGCUCAGCUACCCUGAGCUCGAGGUGGUGUAUGAGGACUGCCGCAUGGUUAGCCUGACGGCUCCCUACGUGUCGGGCUUCCUGGCCUUCCGAGAGGUGCCCUUUCUGGUGGCUGCGGUGCGGCGGCUGCGGGAGAAGGAGCCCGGCCUCGUGCCCCAGGUGCUCCUUGUGGAUGGAAAUGGGCUUCUCCACCACCGAGGCUUUGGGGUGGCCUGUCACCUCGGCGUCCUCACGGACCUGCCCUGCAUUGGGGUGGCCAAGAAACUCCUGCAGGUCGAUGGCCUGGAGAACAACACCCAGCACAAGGAGAAGAUAGGACUCCUGCGGGCUGGAGGAGACUCGUUUCCUCUGACGGGGGGCUCUGGGACCGUGCUGGGCAUGGCCCUGAGGAGCCACGACCACAGCACCAAGCCGCUCUAUGUCUCUGUGGGCCACAAGAUCAGUCUGGAGGCGGCCGUGCGCCUGACCCGAGGCUGCUGCAGGUUUCGGAUCCCGGAGCCCGUGCGCCAGGCUGACAUCCGUUCUCGAGACUACAUCCGCAGGACCCUGGGAGCCCCCACGCCCCCCGCACCAGGGCAGGACAGGAGCCAGAAGGUACAGAGGCCAAAGGGAGGCUCAGAAGAGCUCGAAGAUGAGGGCAGGCCCCCCGAGACAGCAGAAAGCCCCAGACCCACGCGCCCAGCGGCAGUGAGCAUGGAGCCGAGCUGCGCGCAGUGAAACCCUCCAGCCGCCCGGCUUCCCGCUCCUGCCUGGAUGGUAAUGGGGCCGUGGUGCCCACGGCAGCUGGUGGAGCGCCCAGGCUGCAGGACACACUGGCCGCACCGCCCACAGGGACGGCCACGGGCCUGGCCACCGCCUGCCCUGUGGUCUGGGUCUCGAGGCUGCAGGAGCUCGGCCGGAGACAGAUGUCACGCAGCAGAGCGCCAGACCCGGAGGGAGCGUGACGUUGCUUUCCCAGGGGCACGGGAAGGACGUUCAGGGUUCGUGGGGUUCGGGGUGUCUUUGUUUUUUCUCUGAAAACACCCCAGGGGGCUUAAGACUGCCCGACUGCACGUGCA